UGCUUGAGCUUAUCCACCAGAUAUGCUGAUGCAUGCACAUAUGGUUUAUCUUGGGUACUAGAGUCUAAUAAAUGUCAGGGACACCUUUCCAUAGGGCUUGCAUCUGGUCAUUUUAGCAUAUUGAAGCUGACAAAUAAAACGACGACUUCUUUAGAGCCAGUUGCAUGUGGAGCCCUCAACCGAACUACUUGCACAAUGAAACGAAACUAGCCUUUUUUACUUUCCUCCCCCCUCCAAAACCAAGUUGGGAAACCCUAUAAGGCCCCACCUUCCAAUUCUUGCAUUAAUGAGAAAGGAUAAGAUCGCCCACAGGCCCAAUUCCAGCAUCAAAACUUGGGUGAAAUCUGUGUGCACUAAAUUUUAAUGUAUCCCCACCCGGUGUCAGACAGACCUAAAAUCUCUGCCAAUUACAACAAUGAUACUUUUGUUUCAGCUGAGACCCACAGUAGUGGAAAAGUAUCCCCACUUGUGUCAACCCUUUUAAUCAUGGCAAAGGAAAAAAUCAAGAUCAAGUCUCUAGCUAGCUAUAUAAACUGCUUCCUUUCUCCGAUUUUUUAAUGUAUCUGGUGUUCUAAAGUUCUCUGCCUUGUCUAAAAUGUCAACUCUAGAAGAAUCAUCAACCCUGGAACUCAUUCGCCAACACCUCCUAGGUGACUUCAACUCCACAGAAGCUUUCCUAUCUGGUCUCGGUUUCGAUCUUUCUCCCAUCCAAUUCGAAAACCUGACGGAGAAGCAAGAACUAGACUCUCCUUCUCCCACAUCCAACCCAGAUUUCUAUAUCCCUGAAAUCUCUGAUCAGGGAUCAAAAUCUGAACUCCUAGACUUGACAUCUCCAGUGUCUGUCACUUCCAGACCAAGAGUAUGGGACCUGCCUGAACAGUCUGACGAGCAGGUGGUGAAUUGUGGAGAGAGAAAACAUUACAGAGGAGUCCGGAGAAGGCCAUGGGGCAAGUUUGCUGCUGAGAUAAGGGACCCAACUCGGAAGGGGAUUCGGGUUUGGCUGGGCACUUUUGAUCGUGAUGUUGAUGCUGCAAAGGCUUAUGAUUGUGCUGCAUUUAAGAUGAGGGGUCGUAAGGCCAUAUUGAAUUUCCCAUUGGAGGCAGGAGCAUAUGCCCCUCCAGUAAACACUGGCCGGAAAAGAAGAAGACUGAAGGCUGCUGGGUCGCUGGAAUCCGACACCACUUCGCCAGACAAUGGUGGGCAGGCCUGGGAGGUGAAGGAGGAGGAGGGUGUCCUGGAUUAGAAUCAAGUGUCACCAUUAGAUAGUAUUUCAUAUGGUCAAUAAUCAAUAAUAUGAAAUACGGUCAAUAAUCAAUAAUACUAAGAUGUCCUUGCAAGAUAUUUUACUGUUUGAACAGAACUUCCCUACUUGAAAGUAUUAUAUUCAAACUUUAA